AUGAAGCCCCAUCGUAUACGUAUGACUCACAACUUAUUGCUCAAUUAUGGGCUCUACCGGAAGCUUGAAGUUUACAGACCAACACCGGCCACGUUUGAAGAGAUGACCAAGUACCACUCUGAUGACUACAUGAUGUUCCUUAAAAACAUUCGGCCGGACAACAUUUCUGAUUAUACGAAACAAAUGCAGCGCUUCAAUGUUGGGGAGGACUGUCCUGUCUUCGAUGGGGUUUUUGAAUUCUGUCAGCUAUCUUGUGGAGGAUCGCUAGCUGCUGCAACAAAGCUUAACCGCAAGCAUGCAGAUAUUGCCAUUAAUUGGAUGGGUGGUCUUCAUCAUGCGAAGAAGAGUGAAGCUAGCGGAUUUUGUUACAGCAACGACAUCGUAUUGGCCAUAUUGGAGUUACUCAAACAUCAUCAACGUGUUCUCUACGUCGAUAUUGAUAUUCAUCAUGGUGAUGGAGUGGAGGAGGCCUUCUACACCACAGAUAGAGUCAUGACUGUGUCGUUCCACAAAUAUGGAGAAUACUUUCCUGGAACCGGUGAUCUUAAGGACAUCGGAGCAGAGAAAGGAAAAUAUUACGCACUCAACUUUCCUUUACGUGACGGCAUUGAUGAUGAAACAUAUGAGAGCAUCUUCACACCCCGUAAUACGCAAAGUUAUGGAAUGCUUCCAACCGUCAGCCAUAGUUCUGCAAUGUGGCGCAGAUUCACUCACAGGCGAUCGACUUGGAUGUUUCAACCUGACUUUAAGAGGGCACGGUAA